AUGCGUCUUCUUGUUCACAUACUUGCAUUCGUUGCUGUUGUUCUCGCCGCCAAUGGAGGGGGCCCUCAACCAUCCUCCCCAGCAUGGACAGGAUAUCUGUGCCCCGACACUGAUAAUAAUGGGCAUGCCAAGGUACCGAACGGGCUCUGGCGUCGGGACGUACCCAUGUCAGUACUAUGUCGUGCGACGUACUACAACGGCAGGAAGAAGAGGUCGCCAUCAGCGGCGGCUCCUGCUCCGGGAGAUUCUUAUGCUAAGCGCAAUAUUAUCCGCGGAUCGGGUCUGAAUGUUGAGCUUACCGGCCUUUCUGUCCAUCUUGAUAUAAAGAGUACAUGUGAAUCCAAGGGUAGGAGAGGUGGGAGGGUUACCUCCGCCGGGCUUUCAUUUCGUUCCCAGCCAGGUGCCAUAGCCUUGGCAGAUGCCGCGCUCGGGAUGACGUCGAAAUGGGAGCUUGGUGACGUUGCAGCCGAUGGUCGGACUCCGCUCGAUGUACCACUGGUGUUCUUCUCUAACAAGGCUAUAGCUCGAAUAGAAAAGGAAGAUUUCCUUCGACUGCUGACGGGGCGUCGUAGACUUUACUGCUUCUCACAAAACAAUAUGACGUUACUGGCUCCAAGAAAGACCAUAUGA